AUGGUAUUGGUGAUCAAAAAUGCCCCUAUGUCGGAGGAGAUGCAACAGGACUCCGUGGAAUGUGCCACUCAGGCGUUGGAGAAAUAUGUCUCUUAUAAUUUGGAAGAGAAAAAAAAAGAGUUUGACAAGAAGUACAACCCCACCUGGCACUGCAUCAUGGGGAGGAACCUCGGUAGUUACGUGACACAUGAAACCAAACACUUCAUCUACUUCUAUCUAGGCCAAGUGGCCAUUCUUCUGUUCAAAACUGGUUAAAACCCCCACACAACCAGUGAUCCAUCCAAAAAUAAGGAUUGCAGCCUAAAUUCCAAGUACCAGAGACUGAAAUCUUCAGCUUGCCUGAAGGAACACCUUGAUCUUGAACCAUUGUGGUGGUUUGUACAGGGCAUUCUCUGUACUCAUUUGUUGUGGUUAUAAAACAAUUAGCAAAACAGAAAAAAAU